GCAGCAUUUCGAGCGGUGUAACGUUGCCUUCUUUUGCAACCAAGAUGUGGCCGCAUUCAAAGAUUACAAUGUGAUGUUUCAGCUUCUCCAGUUUACAGAAUGUUAUCAGACUCAAAUCACAAAGGAUGUAUGAUUAAACCAUCCACCCAUCUUUACAAGGAUUAUGUUAUUCCUAAAGUUGAUAAAAAAUCUAAUAAGGGUUGUACAAAUAAAGUUCCUGACUAUUCACGAGAACACUCUGAAAUAUUAGCGGAAGUCAAGAAUAGCUACCUUGAUGUGACAUAUAAUCUAUCUUCCCAUUGGGAUUAUGAAGGUUUGGAAUUGAUUGAUAAUCAUCAAUACAGGACGCAAUUUUCUAAUAAAAGACAACAGUUGCGGAAUCAUAUACGCAAAGACAUUGCAGAGCAGUUUGCAUUUUGUUUCGUGGAGUCUGAUAUUAUUCGUUAUGUGUGUAGACAAGGAAAGCCUAAUCAGCCAGAUCUCUAUUUGCUGUUGGGGGAUCAGAAACAAGGUGUUAAUCUGUGCAGACAUGCUGAUGUUUGUCUUCAGUGGGCAACUCUGAGACUUAAAUCUCACAUCAAGGUCCUGGUCUAUAAGAUUUUCCCAGGCAUUGUUCACCACAUAGAAUUAAGAAAAUCUGUGUCAGCUCCAUAUCUAGAGCCAACACCAAACCAUGAUUCACAUUCAUCUAAGCAACCCGCCAGGCUUGAGCAAUCCCUGUACGACAAAAUUCAGAAUUCAAAUAUUUUCUUGUAUGAAUAUGAUGAUGAAGACUGCCUGCCAAAGAAGAUGCCAAGUAACUGUCUUCCAUAUGCGAUCAUCUCAUUAAGGAAAAAGGGUACUCUUCCUUCGAUUCCUAGACUGCAAAGUGAGACUAAGAAGAAAUCCAAAAGGCAAACUUUGAGAGUACCACAGGAAACUUUUGGCAAGAACAAUGAACUUGGAGAAAGUACCAAUGUUGUUGAUGAUGAUCACAUUUCUAAUCAUGAACAAUCUCAAUCAGCCGAAAAAAAUGCUGUAUUGCGUGAUGAUGUGGAAAAGGGGCUUUCAAAAGACCAGAAUAGCAAUAUUAUUAUGGAGAAAAGAUGUGAAAAAGAAACUGGUAAAUCUAGUAAAUCAAGAUGGCAAAGAACUGAAUUAAAAUCUAGCUCCUAUGAACGUCGUGUAAUUCAUGAAAAACUACUAGAAUCAUUCCUUGAUCCAAACUAUGUUCUAUCAAGUGAUUGGAAAUACAAUGGGAUGGAGUUAAUUGAGAAUACAGUGCUGAGAAAAAAAUUUCGCAGAAAAAAGAAGCUCUCAAGAAAAAGAUGGAAUAUGUUAAAGAGGAGGCAGCAUUUUGUUUUACAACACCAGAAGAGCUAGAUUUUGUGUGUAAAUCUGGGAGAUCUGAAAACAGCAACUUUCAUCAAUUAUUGGGAGAUGAUAAGUGUGGACUGAAUCUCAGCCAGCAUCCAGAUGUGUGUUUAAAAUGGGCUAUGAGAACCCG